CAGUAUCUGUCCCGCUGCUGACGCUGAGUUCCGGCGCGGCCGGUGACCGCUGGACCGGUCAUCUGACCGUCAUCGGUCGUCGGUGCUGAGUGGACAGACCCUGCGGCGCUGAGCGGGCAGGUCGGGUCGGGUGGCGGUUCCCCGGGCCCCGGUGAGGCUCCGUCAGGUCACCAGGCGACACUCGGCCGGCCGCCGUCGUGCCGUCACCAUGGCCCGCGCCGCGCUGGUGUCGGUGGUGAUACUGGUGACGCUGGCGGUGGUGACGCCGGCACCGCCGCUCCCGCACUGUCCCGUCCGGCGCCUCUGUGCGGUGGUGUGUAAAAUAUCGCCGCAGCUCUCCAUGCGGUGUGAGGCGUGUCACCCCGGGGUCUGUGGCGGCCAAACAGAGGAGAGAGACAUUGUCGAAUCUUUUGGAGCGCCCUUAGCGAGAUCGAGCGCCGCCAGCAACGAAGCUCCCGAAAAAGCCCAAGAAGUAUCUCAGGAGCCAGACACUUCUGUAGACGAUGUUACCGAGAAGCCAGCGGCGCCGGUACAGCCGAAACCAUCGGACGAUAACAUAGAUUUAGAUGGUGGACCGCCAGAGGCCGAAAGCGCCAGUGAAGAAAAGGCUGUAGUCGAGGAAGAAUAUGAUGACAUUCCCAGCGAAGGAAGUGGAUAUGUCGAUGAUGAGGGUCCGGAAGCUGUCGAAGAUGAUGCUGGAGCGGAGGUCACUGUAGUUGAGGAGCAGUCUUCUGAUGAGGAAACCUCACCAGAGGAAACGGAUCAGGAGGGUGCGGAACAGGAGAGUGCCGACACCGAGGGAGCAGCCGAGAAACCCCAGUCUGAACCCGAGGAGGCGGCACUUCCUGCAGAGCCCGAGAAGGCAGCUUCAGAAUCAGAGGAAGGAACUCCGGGGCAGCCUGAGAAGGCAGAUCCAGAGGAGUCUGAGGUGACAGUUCCAGCGCAGGCUGAAGAGGAAGCUCCAGCCCAAUCUGAGGAGGAAGCUCCUGCAGAGUCGGAGGAGGGGGCCUCAGCAGAGUCUGAUGAGGCUCCUCCAGAUGAGGAGGAAGUUCCAGCACCGUUUGAGGAAGUUGAGCCGCCCGCGUCCAAAGAGGACGACUCCAGUGACGAGGAGGAUGAGGACGCUUCUGAGGAAGCUGAACCUUCUGCAGCAGAAGAUGACGUUUCCAGUGAAGAUGAAACUCCGGCAGAGGAAACCGGAACAGAGCCAGAGUCCGAACAAACCGAGGUGGAAAAGUCAGAGGGAGAGGGCAAGAAGACGGAAAAAGGGAAGCCAAAAGACUCCAAACCGGAAAGGCCGUCAAUUAAAACGAAACCUAAAGAGCUGCCACCGAAGAAAAAGACGCCUGAAGAGGCCUCGGCUGUGCUGCCACCGUCUCCGCCGGUCCUGGUCUCGGCCCGCACCAGCGGCAGCGCGGGCCAGGCGUGCUUCCACGACGGCGUCUACCUCUCCCUGCACUCGACGUGGUUCGACAUCGACCACUGCAACCUGUACGUGUGCACAGAGUUCGGCGUGGAGGCGACGAGCCUCACCGGCGCCUGUCUGCCGCCGCCUGCCAACAUGGGCAACUGUCGGCGCUACAGACUCCCCAACCAGUGCUGCUACACGUAUGAAUGCCCCGGACAGGGCAACGGCACGGACGGCCCCAGCUCGUGUAUUGACGAGAAUGGCGUGGAGCGGCCGCACAAUGACGACUGGGCGGAUGAUCCGCUGCACCCGUGCAAGCGCUACCUGUGUGCGGACGGUGUGGUGGUGGUCCUCUCAGACAUGAGGCCUAUCUGCCCUCUGCCGCCUCACCACGGCUGCGUCGGCUACCGGCGGGACCUCAUGUGCUGUAACGACUUCAACUGCACGGACAUACCUCUCCUUGGCUGUGUGGAUGACCAGGGCAACCAGCGUGACAACGGACAGGUGUGGUAUGACAACGACGUCAUCACCUGUAUUAAAUACGUCUGUAAUAACGGCACGGUGCAGGUCCUCACCGAUCACCGGCAGACCUGCGAGGACCCGGUGGGCGUCGGCUGUGUGGCGGUCCCCGUCUCCGGCCGGUGCUGCCCCGCCUUCACCAACUGUUCCUGUGUGUAUAACGGGGUGCGGUACCCGCCCGGAGCUAUGUUUCCCGAUGAUCCGACGUUCCCCUGCCGCCGGCUGCGCUGUAAUCAGAACGGCACGAUAUCGACAGUGGAGGAGACCGUCUGCCCGACUCUGAGCUGCACCUCGUCCUUCCGUCGGCCCGGACGAUGCUGCUACGAGUGCGUGGGCUGCGUGCACCUGGGAGUGCGUCGCCCAGAGGGCAGCAUGUGGUACAACGACCAGCAGCGUCCGUGUAUACGGUACACGUGCACCAACUCACAGGUGGUGGAAGUGAACAGGACAGAGUGCUCCGGACCACCGGGAGCCGACUGUCAGCCGGUGCAUGUGGCCGGCGACUGCUGCGACAUGUUCGACUGCUCAGGAGUGACCUGCCCUUACGGUGACCAAAUAUACCACGAGGGCGACGUGUGGGUCGACAACCCAGUGCACCCGUGCAAGUGGCUGAUCUGCCGCCGGAGCGGGGUGCACCAUGUGAACAGCACCUACUGUCCGGCCCUGGUGCCCAGCGACUGCCUCAGGGAGCGGGACCCCGGAGAGUGCUGCUACAAGUGUCAGAGCGGUCCCCCAGUGACCUGCUACUACCAGGGUCAGACUUACCUGGAGGGCCAGAUCUGGGUGGACGACCCGACACACCCCUGCAAGUGGUUCCGGUGCCGCCGCAGCGGGGUACAGCAGAUCAACAGCACCUUCUGUCCGGCCCUGGACCCCAGCGGCUGUCCCAGCAGCAGGCAGCCAGGACAGUGCUGCUACAGCUGCGAUACGCCAGACGACGGCUCCUGUAUCGACUUCAGAGGCCUGGAGCGGGAGGACGGAGAGAUCUACUACACCGACUCGGAGCGGUGUAAACUGGUGCGCUGCGGUGCCGCCGGCGAACAGGUGCUGGUGGACCGCACGCGGCUCUGCCAGGACCCACCCAACGAGAACUGCACCGUGGUCGGACGCGUCAACUGCUGUCCGCAGUACCUCUGCCAUCUGAUGCCGACUUCCAAUUGUACGGACUCGACCGGCCGACGACGUCAAAACGGCGAGAUUUACGCCAAUGACGCCGACGGCUGCCUGCUGGUGCAGUGUACAGACGGCGCCGAGCGCCUGCUGGUGGACAGGAGUACGCUCUGUGAGCCCGUGGUGGACGACAGCACGUGUGUGGCCGUGGGGGUCGAGGACUGCUGCACCGUCUACGACUGCUCCAGCCCGACCAACUGCGUCGACUUCUCGGGCGAGCAGUACGCCGACGGCGCCAUGUACUACGACGACCCCGACAGCUGUGUGCUGAUCGAGUGUCGCGACGGCGAGGAGCUGGUACUGCUGGAUAAGACGGAGCGCUGCAGCGACCCGCCGGAGAACCCGGCCUGCACCCUGCAGGGCACGCUCGACUGCUGCCCCGUCUAUUCGUGCCCGAACUGCAUGUUCAACGGCACGACAUACCCAAUCGGGUCGCAGUGGUGGGACGACCCUAACCGCCAGUGUAUCCGCUACCGGUGCUCGGCCGAGGGCGUGGUGGAACAGGUGGAGACCAAACUACCCUGUCCAGAGGUGCGCUACGGCUGUGUGCCCGUGCGCGACCAGCCCGCCUGCUGCCACCACAAGUACAACUGCAUGUUCGACGCCGAGCACAACCUGAUCCCGAUGACCGAGCUGCCGUUCUAGAGGUGGUUGAAUCUCUGUGGUUGGAAAGGGGAUGCGGCGCGUGCAGCCGGAUUGCAAUGACGGCGCUAAUGUGAUCUGUAUGAUAGGUUAUUCCAGUACGAUAUAUGGGCGACAUUUGUGAUUGUUUUAUUCAUUCGUUUUCGAUAUGACAUGCAUGUAUUAUGUUUUUUGUUUGUACUAACUAUUUACAUUUUAUAGUUGUUUAUGAAACUGACAAGGAAGUUGAAAGUUCUAAAUACAUUUGUUCAAGGGUC